UUUAUGAACAACAUAUCAACUAAAGAUACUACACAUAACUACAUCAUCUCAAAACCUAGUCUGAAACCAUAGCACAAAAUCAACCAUGUCUCCAUUGAUUGUUGCCUUGGCUACAAUCGCAGCAGCAAUCCUCAUAUAUCGUAUAAUAAAGUUCAUAACACGCCCAUCCCUCCCCCUCCCACCGGGCCCUAAACCAUGGCCCAUAGUGGGCAACCUGCCACACAUGGGCCCGGUGCCGCACCACUCCCUCGCGGCGUUGGCCCGCAUCCACGGCCCGUUGAUGCACCUCCGCCUCGGCUUCGUCGAUGUCGUGGUUGCCGCGUCGGCCUCGGUGGCGGAACAGUUCUUGAAGAUUCAUGACUCUAAUUUCAGCAGCCGGCCACCGAACGCCGGCGCGAAAUAUAUAGCUUAUAACUACCAAGAUCUGGUGUUUGCCCCCUACGGCCCACGCUGGCGAUUGCUCCGGAAACUCACCUCCGUUCACCUCUUCUCCGGCAAGGCCAUGAAUGAAUUUAGACACUUGCGUCAGGAAGAGGUAGCUAGAUUGACAUGCAACUUGGCAAGUUCAGACACAAAAGCAGUGAAUUUGGGACAAUUAUUGAAUGUAUGCACCACCAACGCAUUAGCGAGGGCAAUGAUUGGACGAAGAGUGUUUAACGAUGGCAAUGGAGGGUGUGAUCCUAGGGCUGAUGAGUUUAAGGCUAUGGUGAUGGAGGUGAUGGUGUUGGCUGGAGUUUUCAACAUUGGUGACUUUAUUCCUUCCUUGGAGUGGCUAGACCUUCAAGGGGUGCAAGCUAAGAUGAAAAAAUUACACAAAAAAUUUGAUGCAUUUUUAACCAGCAUUAUUGAGGAGCACAAUAACAGUUCUUCCAAGAAUGAGAAUCAUAAGAAUUUCUUGAGUAUCUUAUUGUCACUUAAAGAUGUGAGGGAUGAUCAUGGAAACCAUCUCACUGAUACCGAGAUUAAAGCACUACUUCUGAAUAUGUUUACGGCAGGAACUGACACAUCAUCAAGCACCACAGAAUGGGCCAUUGCGGAACUAAUAAAAAACCCACAAAUUUUGGCCAAACUCCAACAAGAGUUGGACACCGUUGUGGGUCGAGAUAGGAGUGUCAAAGAAGAGGACUUGGCCCACCUCCCAUACUUACAAGCUGUUAUCAAGGAAACCUUCAGACUCCACCCAUCAACCCCUCUUUCUGUGCCACGUGCUGCUGCCGAGAGUUGUGAGAUAUUUGGCUACCACAUCCCCAAGGGUGCUACACUCUUGGUGAACAUUUGGGCCAUAGCCCGAGACCCAAAAGAGUGGAAUGACCCAUUGGAGUUUAGGCCUGAAAGGUUUCUUCUAGGUGGUGAGAAGGCCGAUGUUGAUGUUAGGGGCAAUGACUUUGAGGUGAUACCUUUUGGUGCUGGACGAAGAAUUUGUGCUGGACUUAGUCUUGGGCUUCAAAUGGUUCAACUUCUUACUGCAACCUUGGCCCAUUCAUUUGAUUGGGAACUAGAAGAUUGCAUGAACCCAGAAAAGUUGAACAUGGAUGAAGCGUAUGGGCUAACCCUACAACGGGCCGUGCCUCUUUCAGUGCACCCUAGGCCCAGGCUCGCACCACAUGUGUACUCAAUGUCUUCCUAAUUUUUAAGUUCUACAUUUUGGAGUUUUUCUUCCUUAUAAUUGUUGUCUUUUCUUUUGGUUAACAAGGAUCCUAGUAACAAUAAAAACAUACAUGGUGAUAUAGUAUGUUAGUGUGUGAAGAUCCAAAAACAUGAAAAGGUGUCAUUUCAUAUGUUUUUGGUAGUGCCUUUAAAAUUUACUUGUAUAUGUAUAUGAAUAAUUGAAUAUAUGCUAUAUGUUCAAUGAUUA